AUGCACACGACACCAUCCUCGUUGUUGGCUCUGUGGUCCAUAAUUUCACCUGACCUGACCAUUGCUAUGGCCUUUGCUUCUCAUCCGACCAUUGCUCGCCAAGAGGGUACCAAUGGUCGGGUGAGACCUCACCCGACCAUUGGUACUGGCUUGGCGAGCAAUGGUCGGGCGAGGUCUAAAGCCUAUAGCAAUGGUCAGGUCAGGACCCCCAAAAUGUCUUCAUUUUGGCUCCCGUUCCGUCGAGGGGUAUUGGACCAUUCCGAGAAACUGUCUUACAAAGUACUUCAUAAUUCCCUGCUUGUUGCCACGUUUUCGAACCGGUUGGUCGCGGCUCAUGCGAGUACUACACAUAUGCGGGCAGAGCGGUUGCUUAGUGGAGACUUCAGCAGUAGUGUAACGGGCACCAAGGUCAUUGUUCAAGAGGUAUGCAAAGCUUCGGAAGACCAAGAGCACAAACGCAUAACCCAUGGCAUGUCUCCGACAGUCGAGGAUGAACUCAUCUCAGCCCGACCGCAAGGAGGCGAGGGGGCCGGGGCCGAGCAAUCCGGUCUCAUGUGCCCGAAAAAUUACCACGGACGCACGCGGGCCAUGGGUCAGAUCCCCCGGACCAAUAUCUACGCUCUCUCCAGGUCCCCUUGUCAAUAUUACUUGCUCUGUAGUCACGUUGCUCCCUACCACCCCGGCUCGCAAAGUCCUACCAUUUUCAUCGUGCUAAGUUCUCUCCGUUUCCCGCGUUUCCCGAUCACCGCAAGCAUCUGCGCCACGAAGGAGAUCGGGUCCCAGGGCAACGGAUGGGCCAUUCGGCUGAAGCGCGCCUGCCUUGUUUGGCUGUUUACAUCGUAUCCAUCCUGUUGUUUCGUCUGUGGGACUUUGCAUCUGCCUUCAAAUAAGUGUUUCUCGCCAAGUCUCAUCAAGGCUGGGGAAUCGCCCUGCCCCUUCCAUAAUAACCAGUAUCUGGACACAUCGAGGCGGGGCAUGAUGUUCAGAUGUUGCCCCAAGUCGAACUUUUUGGUGAUCCAAAGGGGUAGUUUUGAGCGAAGUAAUGCCGAGGACUCGACGGAGACACACUGCACGAACCAGAGUCAAGGGAUCGUCAGCUCGACCCCAGGCGCCAUUCAUCUCUUUCAUGCCAGACCCUGAAAUUGUGAUGCUGACCGCCGGAGAUAACUCCGGCACCGGGGAGAAAUAGGGUACAUACGUAGCGGCAGG